AUGUCUUAUUUCUUAGAAAAAAGCGAGCUGACCAAGCUUCUACAGGAUCUCAAAGCAAAGACGAUCGAAUUGAAAACACAGCUCCAACCAGUCAUGCAGAAGCUGGCUGAUGGCGAGAUCAAGACAUCAAAGGGUGUUUCAUUCCUCGAAGUGAAAUACCAGAUCAUGAUCCAAUACAUUCUCCAGCUCACUUUCUAUGUACAUCUCAAAUUGUCCGGAAAACAAGUAGAAAACCAUCCUGUCGUUAAAUCCUUGGUCGAACUUCGUGUAAUUCUUGACAAAAUGAAGCCUAUUGAGGUCAAGCUCAAGUAUCAGAUCGACAAGCUUGUUCGCACAGCUGUCAUGGGUACCCAAAAGGCCGAGACAGGAGCAGUAACAAGUGCUACCGCAGUUGCCAACGAUCCUCUUGCUUUCAAGCCCAACCCCAUGAACUUGUUGAACAGAAAUGACGACGACGAAGAAGAAGACGACGGCGUCUACAGACCACCUAAGCUUGCCCCAGUCAACUACGAUGCAGGAAAGGACAGAAAGUCAAAGGAGGAGAGAAACGAGGAGCGUCUGAAGGAGAAGGCAUCGAGAUCCAGAGUAAUGAAGGAUCUGAUGGCAGAGAUGAAUGAUGCACCAGAAGAGGUUGAUGUUCGUGGUGGCGUCAAUGAAGGCACUGGCUACGGUGACCGUGUAGAUAGUUUGAUUGCUGAGAAGAGUCAGUACGAAGAAAAUAACUACGUCCGUUUGGCUGUCACACGCAAGGAAAAGAAGCGCAUGCAGUCAAAGAACAAGAUGCGAUUUGAGAGUGAAUUCGAUGUAAGAAUUAUGACUAGAGUUUAG